ACCACUAGAAAAUGUUAGCAAAACAAAACAAGAGCCAUGAAAUCCGAAAUUUUAGCAACCGCUUUUUUGGGUUUGGCAGUUAGGUCAAUAAUAUCGUUAUACUCCUACUCAGGCUUUGAUACCCCGCCUAUGCAUGGAGAUUACGAGGCACAACGACACUGGCAGGAGAUCACAGUGAAUCUGGAUGUCGGCGAAUGGUACACAAACAGCUCCAACAACGAUUUACUAUAUUGGGGCCUGGAUUAUCCACCUUUGACAGCUUAUCACAGCUAUCUAGUGGGUCGGAUAGCUAAAUCAAUCGAUCCCCAUUUCGUAGAGCUGCACAAAAGCAGGGGCUUCGAGUCGAAGAAACACAAACGCUUCAUGCGCGCAACAGUUGUGACUGCUGACGUCCUCAUCUAUUUGCCGGCAAUAUUGCUAGUGGUCUACUGCAUGGAAAAAACAUUUCAAAGCAAUGACAAACUAUUUCUUUUCAUGCUGAUUUCGGUGUAUCCAGGUCAAAUACUGAUUGACAAUGGACACUUUCAGUACAAUAACAUAUCACUUGCCUUUGCCGCCGUGGCAAUUGCGGCUAUCUUCAGUAAUAGAUUUUACGCUGCCUCGUUUUUCUUCACAUUGGCCUUAAACUACAAGCAAAUGGAGUUGUACCACAGCCUGCCGUUCUUCGCAUUUCUUUUGGGAGAGUGUGUGGGCCAAAAAAGCUUCACCUCUUUUGCUGCUAAAAUUUCACGAAUAGCAACCAUUGUUUUAGCAACAUUUGCUAUUUUAUGGCUGCCCUGGCUGGGAUCGCUUCAAGCGGCGCUUCAAGUGUUGCAUCGCCUUUUUCCCGUUGCCCGAGGAGUUUUUGAAGACAAGGUGGCAAACGUUUGGUGUGCCGUCAACGUAGUUUGGAAACUAAAGAAACAUUUCCACAACGACCAAAUGGCGCUUAUAUGCAUUGGCUGCACAUUAAUCGCUGCCCUGCCAACAAAUGCUCUGCUCUUCAAACGACGAACUAAAAUUUCUUUUUUGCUAGCCCUUUUCAACACAUCCCUCGCUUUCUUUUUGUUCUCCUUUCAAGUUCACGAGAAGACAAUUCUACUGGCUGCCUUGCCAUCCCUGUUCCUUCUUAAAUGGUGGCCAAACGAAAUGAUUAUGUUCCUGGAGGUUUCCGUGUUCAGCAUGAUCCCUCUUUUGACGAGAGAUAAAUUACUAGUACCUGCAUUAGUAUCUACAUUGGCUUUUCAUUUGAUAUUCAAGUGCUUUAAUUCAAAUUCAAAACUUAACGAAUAUCCAUUGAAAUAUUUUUCAAUAAUAUCAAACAUUGUGAUUGUUUCUAUCGUUGGAGCGUCUUUGUCAAUUCCAGCUCCUUCCCGUUUUCCUGAUCUUUGGCCUUUGAUUAUUUCUGUUAUAAGUUGUGGCCACUUUAUUUUAUUCCUUUUGUGGGGAUAUUUUCAACAUUUUACCUGUAAAAUAAGUUAACGUAUAAAACAAACGCCUUGUAAAUAUUUUACUGAAUAAAAAUUUGUAUAGAAGUUGA